AUGGAUUUGGAUGACCUCCCGACAUUUGACGUUCCGCUCCCUUCCGAUCCAUACCCAUUUCUGAACGAUGACGGGGCUUACGCGCUUCCCCCACAUCCCAUUCUGGUCACGAUUUCGGAGGACUUCAAGCAAUGGCUACGUUCGACUGCACUACAGGACCAUGCCGUUGACGCGCUCUCACCCGACAUUGCCAAUGCGCUUGUGCUGCUGUGCGACUCUUACCGCAUGGUGUACGUCAGCUCAUGCCCGCCACCGUACUAUCCGCAGCCUCCUCCAAACCCAGCAGACCCCCCUCUUGGCGCGCCACCGACCUUCAUUCCAUCGGCUGACUAUGAUGCUCAGGGCGCUGGCCCGAGUGCCAACGCGACAGCAAACUCGCUUGCGUACGAACCCGAGGAUUACCCCACGCCCGAGUCACUUCCCGCGGAAGAUGCCGGAGACCAGUUGAAAUGCCACUGGAACGACUGUCAGCUCGCCUUCGAGCAACCAAAGCCACACAGCAUCGAGCAGCAUCUCGCGAUAAAGCACUUCGGGGAGACUUUGAAACGUGUCAAGAACGUGAGAUGCUUGUGGAGAGAUCAAGAUGGCCGCAUCUGCAUGAAGAAGAUGAGUUCGGGAAACGUUGGGAGACAUAUCGCGAACAAGCAUCUGAAGACGAGCAAAAGGACCUGUCCUGUGACUGGGUGCCGGAAGACCUACAGCAGAAGUGACGCGUUAAAGCGCCAUAUGGAGGAUAAGCAUCCCGACGUACCAUAUCAUGCUACGUAG